UGUCCCUGCACUCGCCCCUGCCCACCCAGGCGCGCGGAGGGUGGUUCCUUUUGCCUUCCAGGCCUGAGGUUGGAAUGCGCCUUUGCAAAGGCGCGCAACCCCCCCCCUUUUGGAUCCCUGCGUAGGGGCUGCAUCGAUUAUGAAUGGAAAGAAAGCAGUGCAGAAGAAUCGUUGAGAGAAGGCUGAAAACAGAACAGACAGCUCCCCCAAAGCACAACAUCUGAUUUAAGAGAGUGUCCAAAGAUUGUUUUCUGAAGUAACUGUGAUAGGUCACUCUCUAUACUCAGAAGGACAUCUCCUUAACCACUGCGGGAGAGUUGUGUCAAGGCAGGUGCCUAUUUCUCGUACAAGACAUUUCCAGUGACCAAGAGCCAUGGGGGAGAAGUCCCACACAUGCCCCUACUGUGGGAAAGGUUUCCGACGUAACUCACAUCUGACCCGGCACAUGGCCACCCACUCUGGGCUCCAGCGCCCUUUAGGUGGAAAACGCCUUGGGCAGCAGGUGCCCGAGGAAGAUCGCCCCUACAGCUGCAAUUACUGCGGCAAAACAUUUGCCCGCAGUGCCCACCUGGCACGGCAUCAGGAGACCCAUUCCGGGGAGCGGCCCUACAAGUGCACCUACUGUGGGAAGGCCUUUGGGCGCAACUCCCACCUGACCCGGCACCACAGCACCCACACUGGCGAGCGCCCGUACGAGUGCGGGGUCUGUGGCAAAGCCUUCACCCGCAGCGCCCACGUCACCCGCCACCAGGGCAUCCACACUGGCGAGCGCCCUUUCCGCUGCACACAUUGUGGCAAGCGCUUCACCCGCAGCGCCCACCUCCAGCGCCAUCAGGGCAUCCACAGCGGAGAUAAACCCUUCUCCUGCAGAGACUGUGGGAAAGGUUUCACUCGGAAUGCUCACCUGGAGCGCCACCGCGCCACCCAUUCGGGCGAGAAGCCCUUCAAAUGUGCCAGCUGCGGGAAGGGAUUUGGGGCUGCCUCCCAUCUUGUGAGACACCAGAGAACCCAUAAAGUUUAUGUAAAGGAACUGUAUUUUGCUGAGAUACAGUGGGCCCUUCUGGACCCAUGCCAGAGACCUGUCUACAGGGACAUUGUGCAGGACAAUUAUGGAACUCUACUCUCGCUAGAUGGAGGGACCACGAACCCAAACCCUCAGGCCGGAGGUGCCGAGACUGGACAAACCCAGAAGCAGACACUGGGAUGGUCUGAAGGAUCCCUUUAUCCCAACCAGAGCCACGCAGGGCAGCAAGGCGAGGACAAUGUGAAAGGAUGGGCCAAGGCACCUCUUCUGCCUCCAGUGCCGAAAGAGAAGCCCAAUAUCCCGCCGCGGGUAUUCAUGGGGCCUGGCCCGAGCUUGUGUGUCCAGUGUGGAGAGAAUCUUGCCCAAGCACAGCAAAGCCUCGGCCAGGUUCAGCCAAACCUCAAGCAGCCUUCAAAAGCCCCCCGUUCUGCUGAUAAGCUCCACCCGUGCUCCGAUUGUGGGAAAAGCUUUGGGGUGAGCUCCCAUCUUACUAUCCACCGGAGAACCCACACCGGCGAGAAGCCUUACGAGUGCAACGAAUGUGGGAAAAGGUUCAGCCAGAGCUCGACCUUGGUCCUGCACCGCCGCAUCCACACGGGAGAGAAGCCGUACAAGUGCACCAGUUGUGAGAAGUGCUUCUCGGUGAGCUCCCACCUGACGAAGCACCAGCGGGUCCAUACGGGAGAGAAACCCUACGAAUGCCAAGCGUGUGGGAAGAGGUUCAGCCAGAGUUCCACCCUCAUCCUGCACCAGCGAAUCCACACAGGGGAGAGGCCUUAUAAAUGUGAUGAGUGUGGGAAGACCUUCAGCGUCAGCUCUCACCUCACCAUCCACCAGCGAAUCCACACAGGGGAGAAACCCUAUCGCUGCACCGAGUGUGGGAAAUGUUUCCGGCAGAGAUCUGGCCUCAGCACACAUCAGAAAACCCAUAUGAUUCUUUUGAACCUGCUGUUGGAGCAAGGAGGGACCCGGGCUUUAGCGGAGAGGGAGGCUGGAAAGGAGGAUUCUGCAGAGAGCGAUGUCAGAAGGGAACCUGAGCAGGAAGCCUCUGUUGUCAAAAAGAUGUUGUCAAAAGAAGAAUCGGAGGGAAGUGAGCACCAGAAUGUGUGUCUGGAACCAAGUCAUGGGAGAGAAGGAACCGAAGAUUUCGCGCGGGUCCUCUCCACCAAACCUAUGCACAUCUCCACCAGCGAAAGCCAGAAACCCUACAAGUGUAUGGAAUGCGGGAAGGGUUUUGGCCAAAGCUCCCAUCUGAUGCGGCACUUGGGGACGCACUCUGGAGAAAAACCUUAUCAGUGUCCAGACUGCUCCAAAGCUUUCACGCAGCUCUCAAACCUGCGGCAGCACCAGCGCAUGCAUACCGGGGAGCGGCCGUACACCUGCGACUGCUGCGGCAAGUGCUUCUCCUGGAGUUCCAACCUGGCUCAGCACCGGCGCCUCCACGCUGGGCAAAAGCCAUACGCUUGCAUUCAGUGUGGGAAGUGUUUCUGUGAGAGUGCUCGGCUCCUGGAGCACCAGCGUACCCACACGGGUGAGCGGCCCUAUGCCUGUCCAGAGUGCUGCAAACGCUUCAGCCGGAGCUCCCACCUUGCCCGCCACCAGCGACUCCAUGCUGCUGUUGCAGGCCCCAAGAAGGACUGGCAGCACUAUCCUUGCGGUCAAGGGGCUGCCCUCCUCCUGCACCCCCACUAUACCCACUGCAAAUAACCUCUAUGGCCCGUUGAUGCUGGAACACCUUGCAGAAGCUGGAGGCUGUGGAAGCUGACCCAUUAGAGCAAAUGAGGUGCUCCCCCACCUCAGACUCAGGCUGCCUCCCUAGCCAGCCUACUGCCGCCUGCUUCCCUACCAGAGGCUGAGGGUCAGGUCCCCAUCUGUGUUCACCUCCUGCUGAGUGUGUGUGAGAGAGAGGAGGGAAGGGGCAGGAAGGGAAAGAUAAUGAAGGUGAGGGAUAAUGUGCAAGCCCACUGCCUAGCCGUGCAAGUAGCCCUAGACAGAAGAAGCGACAGGUAGGAAUAUUUUAAAUUUAGGGCAAGAUGUAUUUUUUUCCUGCUCCUCAGCUGAUCUUUGGUAUGAAUGGCAUGGGGUGACAAAGUGUCUGAAUGAAUGUUCACAUGCUUUCUCCUCUGCAUGUGUGAAGCUGUGGCUCUCUUGCCUGCCUGCCUUUCUGUGUGUGAAGAACACCCGUUUUUGUUCCUAGCUAUACCUGCCAACCCUGAUUUUGCCCACCCUUGGCUGCUGUGCCUUCUGCCCCAACUGAUCGCAAGGGGUGCCUGCUGCCACUGCACACAGGGCUCUGCAACGGGGAAUUUCCCUUGUUGUCUUGGUUCCUUAGGCUCAGACAGCAUCCUGCAGUAGUGACCUAGGUCCAAAGCUUUCUGUUGAACACAGCAGACUGCAAGGUGAAUUCAGGGAAUCUGUCACAAGAUACCAUCCUGUGAUUGUGUGGGAGGCCUCAUAACUACCUGUAGGGUUGUGUAUGAGAAAGAUCAGCUUGUCCAUUGUCCCGCUGCUUACUGUGACGAUGUGAGGGAUGUAGGUCAAAUAUAUGGUAGACGCGGCUGUACUUCAAAUGAUCUGCUCUAAAAUAGAAUCCUUUCGCAGUGAAUGUGACAGCUUGUGCUCUAGGCAGGCCGACUGUAAGGCAAACCAGGCCAUUGACAGGAUAACUUGCUUUCUGGGGCUGUGGCAGAUGUCUGGAGGAAAAACCUGGGGGCUGUAGUUUUGGAGUGGACAGACAAAAGCGGCUUAGCAGAUCACUGGUGAAAUUGAUACCUUGCAUGGCACAGAGGGAUUCAGUCCAGGGCAUUAUGAUCUCCACUGGCCACCUGGGAAAGAGCUGUAAAAAGAAAGAACCAAGAAGUGAUGGAUAUUAAAAAUAUGAAAGUAAUAUUCCUUAGUAGAUUGUCAAUCAUUUAAUGUGUGACUAUUACAUUAAUUAGGUUGAGAUCAGAAAAGGCAGU